CUUUGAAUGCGCGUCGCCUCCUCCUCCCCCCUCCCGCCUGCUCUCCUUCCCCCGCGAGGCCUCAGGCGCUGGAAAACAAUGAGCCCGGAGACGGAGCCUCCUGCAGCGCUGUUGGUUGUUGCCCACUUUCCCCCCUCGGGAGGAGGAAGAGGAGGGAGCCUGGAGCCCAGCGGCUCUAACACAGGCAGAAGCCGCUGCCCCCAGGAGGAGGCUGAGAUGGGGAGGCGUGACAAGAUGUUUAUCCUCCUUCGGGAAGGCUCGGUCGGAGCGCCGGAGAUUAGGCUUACGAGAAGCUGAGGGCGCCGAGGGAGAUGGGAAACAGUUCCCUUGAAAGGUGCUUCGUAGCACAGCCUCCCUUCGCGCCGCUUUUCAGUUUCCUGAUGAACACACCCUGCUGCAAACGGAGGCUGAGUAUGGUGGGCAUGAUCAAAUAGAUCUGUAUGACGACGUCAUCUCUCCAUCUGCCAAUAACGGUGAUGCUCCAGAGGAUCGUGAUUAUAUGGACUCUCUCCCACCAUCUGUUGGAGAUGAUGUAGGCAAAGGAUCAGCACCAAAUGUUGUCUACACGUAUACAGGAAAGAGAAUUGCAUUGUACAUUGGGAAUCUUACUUGGUGGACGACAGAUGAAGAUUUAACUGAAGCAGUUCAUUCACUUGGUGUAAAUGAUAUUUUGGAAAUAAAAUUUUUUGAAAACCGAGCUAAUGGCCAGUCUAAGGGGUUUGCUCUUGUAGGUGUGGGAUCUGAGGCAUCUUCAAAAAAACUAAUGGAUCUGUUGCCUAAACGAGAAUUGCAUGGUCAAAAUCCUGUUGUUACUCCUUGUAAUAAACAGUUUCUGAGUCAAUUUGAACUGCAGUCCAGAAAAACUACACAGUCAGGCCAGAUGUCUGGUGAAGGCAAAGCUGGUCCUCCUGGAGGCGGUUCACGGGCAUCGUUUCCACCAAGUAACAGAGGGAGGGGUCGUUUUCCAGGCACCCUUCCAGGAGGGGAUAGAUUUCCUGGACCAGCUGGACCAGGAGGACCCCCACCACCUUUUCCAGCUGGACAGACACCUCCACGUCCACCCCUAGGCCCUCCAGGCCCUCCAGGUCCUCCUCCACCUGGCCAGGUUCUACCUCCUCCACUAACGGGUCCCCCUAAUCGUGGUGACCGUCCCCCUCCUCCAGUUCUGUUUCCAGGGCAACCCUUUGGUCAACCUCCACUGGGCCCACUUCCCCCUGGCCCUCCACCUCCAGUUCCAGGCUAUGGUCCUCCACCCGGUCCUCCACCCCCACAACAGGGCCCCCCUCCACCUCCAGGUCCUUUCCCCCCUCGUCCACCUGGUCCGCUAGGGCCACCCCUGACAUUGGCUCCUCCUCCUCACUUACCUGGGCCUCCACCAGGUGCUCCCCCACCAGCUCCACACGUGAAUCCAGCUUUCUUCCCCCCGCCAGCCAACAGUGGCAUACCUACAUCAGACAGCCGUGGUCCACCACCUUCAGACCCAUAUGGCCGACCUCCACCUUAUGACAGAGGUGAUUAUGGUCCACCAGGCAGGCGUUUCACUGGAAAUAACAUGCCCAUAAGAGAACAAUUACAUAUGCCAUUGUAUUGGAGACAAACGAAAAAUAAUACUCAAAACGCAGGGAGAGAAAUAGAUGCUGCAAGGACACCUUUAAGUGAAGCAGAAUUUGAAGAAAUCAUGAAUAGAAACAGAGCUAUCUCUAGCAGUGCCAUUUCAAGAGCUGUAUCAGAUGCAAGUGCUGCGGAGUAUGGAAGUGCUAUAGAAACCUUGGUGACUGCAAUUUCAUUAAUUAAACAGUCCAAAGUAUCUGCUGAUGAUCGCUGCAAAGUACUUAUUAGCUCUCUGCAAGAUUGCCUCCAUGGAAUUGAGUCCAAGUCUUAUGGUUCCGGGUCAAGAAGACGUGAGCGAUCAAGAGAGAGAGACCACAGCAGGUCAAGAGAGAAGAGCCGGCGCCACAAAUCUCGUAGCAGAGAUCGUCAUGAUGAUUAUUACCGGGAAAGAAGCCGUGAACGUGAGAGACAUCGUGAUCGUGAUAGAGACCGCGACAGAGAGCGCGAUAGAGAACGAGAGUAUCGCCAUCGUUAAGAGCUGAAGGAAGAGGAACACCUCACCAGACAAGAAACUUAACUUCACGGAAAGAGGCUUGUCCAGCAGUUUGCUUCUUGUGAUCGAACAGAGCCUGUAAAGAUUCAUGGAUAAAAUGAACAGGAAUAGAUCUGAAUAAGGCAAAUCUGCAUACAUGGUAACCAGUAGCUCUCUUACCUUUUUAUGUUGCUUAGCUGUUUUAUUUGAAGGAACCUGUGUGAUUUAAAACGUAUAGCUUUUUGCAACUUUAUUACUGGUUAUAUACAUUUGACAAUUAAAAUGUGCAAGCAAAUGGAAAAAAGUCUAGUAAAUGCUUGUUUUUAUAGUAGUUCUUGUUUAAAUGUUCAAAUGAUAAUGUCUGUAAAGAGCACCAAUCUGAUUACAAUAGAUGUAGUGUUGUAAUAAACUGUUUAAUGGGGCUGAUGUGUAAAGCUGUUCCAAGUUAUUUGAUGUUUACACCUCAGGGAGCGUCUUGUGUUCAGCAAUAUUUAAUGGUGUUAUAACAAUGUCUCUAACAAAACAUAGCAUAUUUUUUGCAUAUGCAUCAACUUGUUGUAUUUGCUGAAUGAUUAGCAGUUGUCGAACACUUGAUUUUGAUACUAGAAUAAUGGUUACAUUUUAUUUUAAUUUGUAGCUUUUUUUGCAUAGAUGGCUUGUGAAUUUGCUGAAAGGUGCGCAAAACUGUAAAAACUGUAGAUUAACUUUCUGUAAUAAUUCAAAUAGACUGAACUUUCUUUAAAGAAUAUGAAGUCUGAAGUUGAAUUCUGGUUUACUGAAGCCUGUCUGUUGCAAUAUGCAACACUCAAUACUUUGUUCAAGCAUACAAAUUGCCCACCUUUAAAAAAUGCUGCAAUAAUUUACAGUUUUUAUUGCGAAUGCUGUGUCCUGCCUCUAGCACUAGUCAUUCUGUAUCUAGAUAUAUAUGCCAGUUAAGUAACUGAAGAAAAUGUUUCUCCUUAAAAAAUAAUAAUCAAGAUUUCAAAUAAGCUUUUUUGAGCAACAAAAAUUCCUGUCCAUAAAAAGAAAAUGCAUACAUGUCCCUUUUAUAACUUAAUGUGUAAUAAUUUGCCCUAACAAAUAGAUUGUGAUCCAAUGCACUCCACAAACUAAAGAGAGCAGCAGAUUUUAUUCAUAGGUUUAGCACAUGUUGCUUAGUUGUGGACUGUUUUCUUUUAAAAAUACUUUUUCUCCCCCCCCAAAAUUUUUUUUGCUAGUUUUAAAAGUUUGUUGAUCAAAUAAUUCCCCAGAUUGUGUAGAAAACCUUGAUUUAGUUAAAAAAAACUUACUCAUGUUAAUACUCAGUAAAAUUACUUGUGAUAUAUGAAUACUUGGAUAUUAAAUUAAAUGAAGACCACUUUACAUGUUUUAAUAUCAAACCCAAGUUUACCAUCAAGCAUACCCUUAACAGAACCAUGACCAAUCCCAACUUCCUAGCCAGUGCACUUGUGUAAUAGAUGUGUUUACAAACAUGUUCGUCACAUUCCCACUUUACUUAUUUAGGUGUACAUAUAAAAUAUUUUAACUGUAUAACAAAGACACAGUGUAUUAGUCAGACCUUAGAGACAUGUAUAAAAUCACAGUUUGUGUCUUACUAAACAUGGAAUUACUCAAGUUACUGUCUCAAAGGCUGUAUCCCAAUACGACUAAAGAUUUAUAUAGUUGAACGAAUCCGCUUGUCAUUUGCACAGCUCAGGUCAAUGCAGCUGAUUUGCUCUUUCCUGGCCAAUAUUGUUUGAAUUGUGUUUAAUAACUGGAGUAGAUGGUUAUUUUUUCUAUUAGCCAUUUUGUAAGAUGAAAGUUUUCUUAUGGUCCAUUCAUGCUUUGUUAAUAGAUUUCCUAAUUUACCACGUUUCUUAUGUGAGAUGUUGGGCUUACUUUGAAAUAUUAUUUUGAACCCACAAUGCUUUACACAACUGUUUAUCUGACAAUAACGCCUAAAUUCAUUUUACUCUUGGGUUUGAUUAUACACAGAAGGGGGUGGCUCAGAAAUCAAAGUGAAGUGAAGCAAAAUAUCAGGGAUUUCUCGUUUGCAUGACUUUUUAGUCCUACGAAACCUGAAAAUGUAUACAUUGGGGUUGUUUGCUUUGUGCAGGGAUGAAUGUGAGUUCUGUCUAUGGAUAACUUCAGAUAAUCAGGAAAUUGGAUGUUGCUGCAGUACCUUGCAAUUGUAUGUCCAUGUUGGGGUGGUUGUUCCAACCCUAAGAAAUCCAAUGUAGUAUUGCUUUUAACUAGCUGGGAUGUAGGCAGACAAUCUGGAUUAAGUUGUACUGGAAAUGGCUCAAGAUGGAGGAAAAACAGGUAAGUUAGGUGUGCAAAUGCUGUUUGAGUAGUAAUUUCAAAUAUUCAUUAACCAAAAUUAAAAUAAUUUAAAGUCAUAAUUUAGCUUUCUGUAUGAACCCUGGAGAUACUGUUGUGUAUUCAUUGUCUUACAUUUUCUCCUAUAGUGAUUUCCAUUGCUGGCAAUGGAGCUGCCAAAAAUCAAACCAUGAAUGAUUUUAAUAACUUUUUGAUAUGUGUAGGCUGAACAUUUAAAUUGUGUAAGUAGUAAAGAGUCAUAGUAGUUGUCUUGUGAGUAAAACUUGUUUUCUCAAGAACUCUUCUCAGUUUUCUCAGUAAUUUUUUUAAAAAGGAGUCCAAAGAUGUUUAGAAAAAAAAGUGAAAGCAUUUUACUUGUGAUAAUCUCUAGAAAGAAGUUUGUGCAUUUAUCUCCAGUCUGAUAAACAAUGCUCUCGAUGAAAUAUUGUAAAUAGCUAUGAGACAGUAAACUAAAAUCUUAGUAGUGUCUUGGUUGCUACUACGGUGGCCUUUGGUGGCUGUAUUAAAUCUAUUUCUGUUAAGAAAAUGUAAAUAAACUUCAGGGGGUACUUAAUAAUCUGUAUAUAGGCUUUAAUAGAUAAAAGUGAUAGCAUUAAUGGCUAUUUUAAAACAAAUUAUCUGACUGGUGGCCUCCUCCUGGAUAGUUGUGCUGACAUUUGCCCGCAGUGGUAUUGUAAUAUAAGUUUGCAAUGUUGUGCAGUGUUGCAGAAGUUGCUAUUUCUGAUACUAACUAGAAAUUACAACUGGCACUGCAAGCCAAAAUAACUUUUGAUUAUUCUCUGUCUAUUUAGCUGUAUAUUUAAGUGCUUUCUCCAAUAACAUGAAAGGCAAGCUUUAAAUGUCCUGUGUAUUGAUUGACUUCAGUUAAAGAAUCCAUGUAAAUAUUGGACAAGCUUUCAUUUUUCACUCAUGUACAGUUUAAGCAAACUUUUCCAAGUUUAUAUAUAGGAUCUUAGUCAUACUGUUUACUUGGUAGUUAUAUAAUGAUGCAGAGAACAUAUAGCCUUAAAAUGCAGCUUUAAAAAGUUAUAGCAUUAAGCAUCCUCUGUAAAAUUUACAAUUUUCUAAUGUUUGAAAUAUUCAUAGUUUUUAGUAGUCUGAGAAACAAGUUAGUAGAACAGACUGGAGUUUUUGAAAAUAAGAACAUUAUUAAAAACCUGAUUUUUAGAAGGGAUGGAACAAGCAAGAUGCUUUGACAUGUUAGGAGUAUUUUAUAUAUUGGACUUUAGUGCUCCUUAUAAUUUUAUACACAUAUAGGAGCAAUCACAUACAUAUCCUAGAAUCCAUGAAUCUCAUUUCAAGCUGCUCUCUCUCUCUUUGUAGUUGUCAACUUUUAACUUGAAACAAAGAGAAUGCCACUGCCCAUAAUAAUGUACUGUGUACUUUUUAAAUAGCUUAGCUUUCAAGCCUUUUUGACUCAAUAUCCAGUUGAAAACCAGGUUUAGUCAACCAUCAUCAGGUGAUCUAGUUUCUGUCAGCUGAGAAACUUUGUGUUGUAUCCAACCUACGCUCUACUCAGAGUAGGCCAUUGCAAAUUAAUGGACCAAAAAUCAGUAAUGUUCAUUGAUGUCAAUUAAUCUUCUCUGAGUAUGACUGGUGUUAGAGACACCCCUUGUAUCCAAAAGCCUAUUCAGCAUGCAAAUUCUAUUUGGCUGUAAUUGGAGGAGGAUCUAGCACUAAAGGUUUGGUUGAGCACACCUGGGCACAUCUGUGAUCUCGUCUUAUACAAGUAGCAUUAAAUGGGUGAGUUUUCUGACACCGCAUUAGAGACAGUUUCUCACUUCAAAUCUUGAGCAUGCUAAGCAUCAUUUUCAAAACCUUCAGCUAAAAUACUAACCCAAGUCACCACUGAGUAGCAUGUUGUACACACUUCUUUGGGGAUGAAUUUCACAUUAAUAGGUUUUUUUUCCUGAUUGACUUUAUAAAUGUAAUACAGUGGUUUACGUUUACUCAUUGCAAGUGUAUUGCAUUUAAAACAAGAUUUAAAAUUCAUUUUUGUCAGUGUUUUAUUUUCCAGAGUGCCUGUGGAACAACUAUGUUCCCUUAAAGAUGAUUUACCUCCCUUAAACAUGAUUUUUGUUGGGUUUCACUACAUUAAGUUUUGCCCAAAUGUGUACUCGCAAAUAAAGAAUAAUAAUACCAUUUGCUAUAGUUUGUAAACAGUUGCUUACAUUACAGGUUUUAGGUUUAUUGGUGUGCAAGCAAAUCAUUUAUUUAUUUUUAAUGGGCAAUGGCUUUCUAAUAUCUGAAGGCUCAAAGAACAUCUUGGUAGUGUUGAGUUUCUGGACACUCAAAUGUCUUCAGAAGGUAAGAAGAGGGUGGCCUUUCACAUUAGCAUAUGUGGUAUUUUAUUUUUAAAAAUGCCAACUCCAUCUCAAACUUUGACUUGUCAAAAUUCUUUUCACUUCCAUAUAUUUUAAAUUACAUUACCUUUCCUUCCAGUCUUUAGGCAACUAUUAGGAAUUUGCUGUCCAACCAUUUAUUGGUCUUUAAACUGCAAAAGAAGUUACCUUGUAUUGAAGAAAAAUAAAGUGCAUUUUUAUGAAA